UAUGUACUUAAUUGAAAUAAAAAGCUCAAAUACUAAAUUAAACAUUAAAACUAAACUUUUGUAAGGGAAAAAAAUUAAGUAAGAAAACUUAGGUACCAAAUUGAACAUUAAAUCCAAACUCAUGCCCCAAAUAGUAUAUUAAGCUGUAAAAAAUAAAAACAAAAAAAUCAACCCUUUAAUGGAUUACAAUUGUUCUUAUUUUUUGUCGAAUCUGAAGUUCAAAACAUUCCAAUAUUAGACAAAGUCUAUUCCUUGGGAACUUGCCUGUUUAAAGCAUUGCAGUUUGAGAUGGUUUUUUGCUUCCCAUCUACACCUAAGAAGCUGGCAAUGACUGUGGGUUGCUUCAUUGCUGGUGCGGGCCUUUUUGUUGUUGGUACGUAUCUCUCCUAUAUAAACGUUGCUCCUCAGCAAGCUCGAAUUAAAGCACGAAAUGACUUUGUUAAGGAACGGUUAAGAAAGAAAUAUGGCAAACCAUAGAAUUGCAUUGCACUGUUGCUUCAUCCUUGGUUCUUACUCACAUUCUCUGCUCUCAUUUAAUGUUUUUAUGGUAAUAAGAGUUCGCAUUAGAAUGUUACUUUGACUUUGGUUUUAUGGUAAUAACAAUUCUCUUUGUUGAUUUGGUUA